GGAUGUGACCUAGCCUAGGCUACCACCCACACCUGCAAAAACCCAGGUUUCUACACCUGAUGUUAAUGCUGCAGCAGAUACCAUAAACCUAGCCUACUUGGUGAAUGCCUCAGAGUAAAGACCAAUGUGUGAGACCCUUUAUUUAAACCAUAUUACAGUUGUACAAAAUAUUGUUGGACAAUACGAUAAGUUAAUGUUAUGAAUGUCAGAAUUAGCACCUCAGAUCAGAAUCUGAAGAUUAACUAGCUGCCUUCAGCCGAAAAUUUGCUAGAUAGCAAUUUAUCAAACAUUUGGGUCAACUCUAGGUAGACUAUUAUAGGUAAACUUACUACCUACUAAUGUUACAUUUGGACCAUCGCCAAGGUGUUGGAGGACACUUCCAGUAGUCAUGCAUUCAAGCGCGAAUGCAUUGUGCAAACUUUAUCUUUCGGUUAUCGACGAUGUCAUCGAAAAUGUGCGAGAGACGUUUCUGGAUGAAGGAGUGGAAGAGAGUGUCCUGAAUGAACUUCGUCAGUUGUGGGUGUCAAAGGUCAUGCAGUCUAAAGCAGUCGAGGGUUUCCGAAAGGAUACCAUAAAUCCAUCAAACUUUGUUCUUCAGCUUCCUGCCAACUACACUCAAACCCUUCAAAAACAGUCUGCCUCAAUCAUCCUUCCACCUGGACAGAAUGUGCAGAACUACACAGCUAAGGCGAGCGGCGCUGGUGCUGUCACUACGUUCUCUCUUCCACCUGGAGUUACGUAUCCAGUACACAUCCCAGCAGGAGUCACACUACAAACUGCCUCAGGCCAUUUCUACAAAGUAAAUGUACCCGUGGUGGUGACUCAGGCCCCCAGAUCCAACCGUGUAUUCACUCAGCCCGCCGCGCAGCGAGCCCCCCCUCGUCUGCCCCCUCCUCAGCCAGACCCCAGCCAAGCCCGCCCCACCAUCCAGCAGGCACCCACCCAGACCUCUAACCCGAAGUCCACUCCAGCAGCCUCAUCAUCUACCGCCUCUGGGACCCAGCCUGAUGGUCAGGCAAGCCAGCCGCCACAGGAGCCUCCAGCACCUGUGGAUGAUAUCCAACAGGCUCCAGUUCCUCAGUCCGCCCCACCACCGCCUCCUGUCAGUCCCCAACCAGUGCCGGAGAGCCCCGGGGACUUCACCCUGGAGGGCAUCGAGUUUAGCCCUCACCCCGAGGGGACUCUCAAACAGGAGCAGGGCCAGCUGUUGGCCUGUGAGGUGGGGGAGGGGGCCAGCAACAGCCUGGACACACCUGAGAAAGAGGUGAAGGAGGAGGCUCCCGACGGACUUCCUGUGUCAGACGGCACAGCGUUCUCCAGCCUUGGGAGCCAACUGGAUGAAGCCAUUAAGCUGGACCCCCUGAACUCAGGAGACGACGUGAGUGAACAGGACAUCCCAGAUCUUUUUGACACCGAGAAUGUCAUUGUAUGCCAGUAUGAAAAGAUUCAUCGCAGCAAGAACCGUUGGAAGUUCAACCUGAGGGACGGAGUCAUGUGUUAUGGGGGAAAGGAUUAUGUGUUCUCCCGUGCCAUUGGAGAAGCAGAGUGGUAAGGGUUUACCGAAGACAUCACAACAGCAGCGAGGCCUUUGUAGAUCAACACUCUGAAAGCGUGACCAGGAAAAUACGUAUCUGUAAUAAGCAGAAAUUCAGAAAAUUUGCCAAUUUAUGAAUGACUAGUUAAAGUGGUGCAGCCUUAAAUGAACAUUAACUAAAUACAUUAUUUACGUAUUUAUUAACUUUAACUUAUAUUUUGUUAAGAAACUAUUUAUUUUUGGGAGCUCACUCUGUAUAAGCUAUCACCUAAGUUCUACAGUAUGUGAUUCAGAGAGCCAGCGUGAUUGAGACUGAUGAGAAGAAUGUUUAUUUGUGUAUGUUUUGUUUAUUUAUUUACAUUUAUUUUUGUGCUUAUGGUCUUAUUCAUGAGUGUUUUUCUAAAUGAACUAUUUGCUGCUCUCAA